AUUCAUGGCUAAAGUUCUGAAUGGAUCUGCUAAUUCAUCUGAACAACUUCUAAAGAAACCAAAGUCUUGUCUUUUGUUUUUCUUUUCCCUAGUUUGUUGGAAUCCUUUGAUGGGUUUUCACUUUGGCUUCCUAGCAUGUUCAAGAAGAUGCUGGUUUGAUUGAAGGGACUAAGGAAAGGGAAGUUUUGAUAUAUGCAUGGAAGGAAGAGAAGGGAUGAGUUCUGGGGUUACAGUGAUAGGAGCAGAAGCUCCAUCAGCCUAUCACAUGGCACCAAGGAGUGAAGCUCCGAGUCAGGGUGGUCCUCCGGUGCCUGAAGCACCAGCUGCAGCUAUUGGUGUGUCACCAGUGAGUGUGGCAUUUGAUGGAACAUCAGUUAAGAAGAAAAGGGGCAGACCAAGAAAAUAUGGACCAGAUGGGUUGGUGAAUAUGGCAUUGUCACCAAUGCCAAUCUCAUCUUCAGCACCAUUUUCUAAUAACUUUUCAUCUGGGAAGCGGGGGAGACCAAAGGGGAUGGAUUACAAGCUGCCAAAGAAAGUUGGAGUGCAUUAUCUUGGUGGCUCUGAUGGUACAAGCUUUAUGCCCCAUAUCAUUACUGUCAAUAGUGGCGAGGACAUAGCAAUGAAGGUCAUAUCUUUUUCUCAACAAGGACCGCGUGCUAUAUGCAUCUUAUCUGCUAGUGGUGUAAUUUCAAAUGUUACACUUCGUCAGCCUGAUUCUUCUGGGGGAACUUUGACCUAUGAGGGCCGUUUUGAGAUACUUUCCUUGUCUGGAUCAUUCAUGCCUACUGAAAACCAAGGAACAAGAAGCAGGUCUGGAGGAAUGAGUGUUUCAUUGUCAGGUCCAGAUGGUCGUGUUGUAGGUGGUGGAGUGGCUGGUCUACUUGUAGCAGCAGGUCCUGUGCAGGUGGUGGUGGGAAGUUUUUUGCCAUGCAGCCAGCAAGAUCUGAAGCCAAAGAAGCCAAAGUCUGAUCAUGCACCUGCUACUGUUACCCCUUCCAUUGCAGUGUCUUCUGGACCACCACCCUCUACCAAUGGUGGUGAAAAGGAGGUUGUCAUGGGUGGACACAUACUGCACAACUCAGGAGCAACGCUUAACACAAACCUAUCUCCUCCCUCGGCCUUUCGCCGGGAAAACUGGGUUAACAUGCACUCGAUGACAGACUCAAUGAAGUCAGCCACUGAUAUCAACAUAUCCUUGCCUGAUAGUUAAGUAGAUGAUCAACCUGCAGUUGCAGAUUCUCUUGUGUUGCUGACAACAUUCAUGACUGAGCUAUUUAUUUAAUGUUUCCAAAGUUGUUCUCUGUGCGUAGUUUCCACUUGUUUCAAAACCUAUUAUCUGUUGUUUAUGACCAUAGGAUGAAAUAGUUGACUAGCAGUGUAAGUUGCAGCUAGGUUUCUACAAUUUUCUUUGCCUAUCAGAGCAUCUGAUUCCUCGGCUGAUUAGGUAGAUGCUGCAUUGUGCAGUAUUAUGAGUAGGCUAAUUCGGAUGUAAUCAAAAUUAAUUUGCUUAUUUUACAACUCAAUUUGUUGGAACUUUUAUGUUCAUCUAUCUAGUCACUUGAUGUUAUGACUA